GGCGUGGUGACGCUGCGCGGUGACGUCAGGCGGAGCUGUCCGCUCAGCACCGCGCGGCGGGCCGCGCCGCCAGCAUGCGCGGGGGCCGGGGCCGGGAGCGCCGGGUGCCGCGGGGCCGCCGACGCCGCUGCCGCUGCGGGGCCGGGAGCGCAGCUGGGGCGGGUGCCAGGGUGCAGUUUUGCUGGCGAGCCAUGGGGCAGGAGCGGAGAUUUUGAUGCCUCUCCCGGGAGUCCCCAGAGCCAUGACUGCAACUGUGCAGACGCUGCGCUUCAAGCUGCUGCCGCAUGAGCCAGGCCAGGAGUGGGGGCACAGCUGCCAGCAGGAAAUCGAGCGUCGCUACCAGGUGGUGCCCUCUGUGGUGUGUGCCAUGUGCUGCCUCUUCGGCAUCAUUUACUGCUUCUUCGGCUACCGCUGCUUCAAGGCUGUCAUGUUUCUGACGGGGCUGAUGUUUGGCUCCAUCAUCAUCUUCAUGCUGUGCUACAAGGAGCGGGUGCUGGACACACAACUGAGCGUGGAAGCCUCGGUGGGCAUCGGGCUGGGCAUCGGGGUCCUGUGCGGGCUGGUCACCAUGCUGGUGCGCAGCGUCGGCCUCUUCAUGGUGGGGCUGCUCCUGGGGCUGCUGCUGGCAGUGGCCACACUGGUGGUGAUGGAGCAGUUCUACCACCCGCCAACGGUGUGGAUCCCCAUCGCACUGCUCCUGGGUGUGGGGAUGCUCUUUGCCGUCCUCACUCUGCAGUGGCAACGCUUCUUCACCACCCUUUCCACCGCCGUCUUCGGCAGUGCCAUCAUGACUGUCACUGUUGACUACUUCAUCGAGCUCUUCCUCCUGGUGCAGUACAUCUACGAGCGCAUCAAGGUGGCCCCUGCUCGCCCUGUGUGCUGGUACAGCUGGGUCAUCCUGGGCAUUUGGCCGCUCCUCACCACACUGGGCGUCCUGGUCCAGUGGAAGGUUACAGCCGAGGGCUAUUCCCACACAGAAGUGAUCAUCAGCCGGCAGCAGCGCCGCGUGCAGCUGAUGCGCAUCAAGCAACGAGAGGACCGAAAGGAGAAGAAGAAGAAGCGAAGACCCCACCACCCACCGCCCCACCAGCACAAAGCCCACCUGCCCGAGCCUGCCUACCGCCGCAAGCCCAACCCCGUGCGCCGCUUCGAUGGGGACGUGCUCUCCCCCGUGAGUCCCGCAUCCAGGAGCUACAUCCAGAGUUUCCGAGAGCGGCAGACGGGGCCGUCCCUGAACAGCCUCAUCACCAGCUCCCACGCCGUGGUGGACCUGGACUAUGACUGCAGCUCCACCGUGCCCCUCACCACGGGCUCUGGCCCGGCUGUGAGGGUAUAAGCCAACCCAGUGACCUCGAGCGACACCAGCACCCCAGCCUGCUCCAACAGACCCAUGGGACGGGCGGGGCUGUGCCCUCGGCCCCAGGCGGCCACAUGCAGCUUGGGGCUGCGGACGGAGACCCUUCUUAGGGAUGCGUGGGACUUGGCUGGGCAAGCCCUGGCUGCCUGCGGGGCCUGGAGGUGCUGGGGGAGCCCUCCGGCAGGGACUCAGCGCAAGGACUGGGGACACCAGCAGCUAUGGAUGAGCGGUGUGUGUGGCUCUACUGGGGCAGGGAGUCCCUGAGUCCCCGCUGCUGUGUGUUUCCUCACGGCCUGGGCCCGCUCAUCCUGCAUCCCAACAUUGCCCUCCCCAUAUUUGAGCCCCCCUCCUCCUAGAGCAGCUCCCCUUGCCUGCCCCCACCCCAUUGCACCCCCCAGCAACUCCCCAAGUGCCUGUGCCCCAUGUCCCUUCCUCAAAGAGCAGGUCCCUCAGCCCUUGCCCCCAGAGACUCCCCUGAGCAUGUGUGCCCUGUCCCACCCUGUCCCUGAGAGCAGCUCCCAGGCAGUGCUUCCCAAAACCUGCCUCCUCAGAAAGUCCCCCUGCCCUAGCCAUGCUAGCUGCCUGCCAGAGCAGCUUGCCUACCCCCCUUUUCCCAAGCCGGACCGGGGUGGUCCUGGGGCAGAGGCUGCAUCCCAGGGUAAUGCUGGGAAUUGAUGCCUGACCAGCAGGAGCUGUGCUGGUGGGGUGCACCGCGUGCAUCCCCCCCUGGAAAUGUUUUGAUGGGAGACAGGAUGCUGGAUCCAGCCUUCGGGCAGAGGCUGGGCUGCCUCAGGGAUGUGGGACCCCUGCAGCAUCAGAGGCCAUCGCUGUUUUGCUGGCGACUGGAUUUUAUAGUGGUUGGGGGGCCCUGGGGUUGGGCUGAGCCUCUGGUCAGGGCAGGGCAGGGUAGGAGCCCCUGGCCAGAGCACCGCUGCGGGCAGAGGCUCCCGCCUUGUAUGUAUUUCUCUUGCUGUGAUUUGUAUUAAUUUAUUACGGAGUGAGCCAGGACUUCGCCAUGGCCAGGCAGGCAGAAUGGGAGUGAGACUGGACUGGGGUGCCCCUCUGCUUUGGGAGCCCCCCCAGUCCAGCCCAGCCAGCCCUGCUGCCCCGGGAACUGCAUGUUUCUGCCUGGCACCCCCAUCCCUGCAGCACCGUGCUGCCGUCCCCCUUUUCAGUCUCUUUUGUAAAUGUGCCAAAUGCUGCUGAGGCCAUGGCCGCACAGUAAAGAGCCUUUCGGAGCCCGUGUGCUGGGCUGGGGGCAGGGGCAAGGGGGCCCCAAAGGCCAGGCUACCCCCAGAUGCUCGUGGGAUGCAGAGCGGUGCCAUCACCCUUUCUCCUAACAGGACCCCAGCUUGAUGGGGUGGAAGAAGCCAUGUC